CUCUCAGUCUUCAAUCAGAAAUUCUGGGUUAGUAUUUGCAAAUUCUCACGAAUCUCUCUCAGUCUUCAAUCAGAAAUUCUGGUUACAUGUCAUGACUGGAUUUGUAAUGGGGGAUCAUUUCAUGGAAGAUACUCCAAUGGGAGAAGGUUGUUCCCAGACUCUUAUUAAACUGACAAAGGAUAAAAGAAUUAUAAGUUGUGCAGCAUGUGUCAAUCCACCCAGUCAAAUGCCUGCAGUUUGGGACAUAACUUCCAUUGUCAGGAAAGACAAGGUCAGAUUUCUAUCUUCAUUGCCUGGUUUUUCUAUAACACCAGCCUGUGAAGAUUCCCAUCAGGAAAAAGAAUGGGGGCAGUUCUUGGAUUUCCUUCAGAAGCAUAACAGGGUUGCUAUAUCAAACUUCGGAUUGUUUGAACUCUACAUACUACCUCCUCUUGAAGGCUCAAAAUAUGACCUUGCAACUGUUCGAUUCAAAGGGAAAGCAUCAAAAACAUCUCCAGCUGGAGCAGGGGUUGCUGAUUCUGAUCAAAUAUCUCCGCCUACAUCUCAAUCUCAGGCUGCUAAAGCUAGCAGUCAAUUAGGAAAUUCUGUUGAAACAGUUAAAUCCUUUCAGAGAAAUUAUGUAACAGCGCAUCCCAGUUAUCUGAAAACACUUGGUCAAGCACAUUCCAGCUGGAUAUUUGGGGCAGUUGCUGAGCUUGUUGAUAAUGCAAGGGAUGCAAAAGCAACCAAACUGGAAAUCGCUAUCAAUAAGUUCUACUCUAAAAUUGCUUGCAAAGAAAUUCCUAUGUUAUCACUGAUCGAUGAUGGCCAUGGAAUGAGCCAUACAGAUAUCCAAAGAAUGGUAUCAUUUGGCCACGGGCAAACUGAAGUAGAUGACCCCAAUCAUAUUGGAAUGUAUGGAAUUGGGUUUAAGACUGGCACUAUGCGACUAGGAAAGGAUGCUUUGGUUCUGACCCAGACAACUAACUCCAGAUCAAUUGCAUUCCUCUCUCAGUCGCUGAAUGAAGGCAAAGAUAAUCUGGAGAUCCCCAUUGUAAGCUACCGCAGAGUUGGGCAGUCCAUGGAAGUGGACACAGAUGUCCAGAAUAAGGAUGCGGCAAAGUUGUACUUGAAGAUCAUUAAAAGAUAUUCCCCAUUUGAUAAGUAUCUUAUUGGUGAAAAAGUGGGUAUAUUUGGGGCAGAUGGUACUGGAACACAAAUUUAUAUAUGGAAUCUGGAUGAAUGGGGAUCAGAUUAUAGUUUAAAAUGGGAAGCUGGGUUCACUGGUGGGAGUUCGUUUCAUCGGGGUGGUAUAUUCAUUCGGUCAAGAAGGACAAGAUGCCGUCCAGGGCAAAUGUCUUUGUCGGUUCCUUUGGACUACUGUCUGAAAUCGUAUUUGGAGGUGAUAUUCUUAGAUCCAAGGAUGAAGAUCUAUGUACAGGGAGCACUGGUUAGAAGUCGACCCCUUGCAAAAUCAUUGAGUAAGACCACUGUUGAAAAUGGCACCAUCUUAGGAAAACCAGUUCAACUUACUCUUGGACGUUCUCAAUUGGAAUGGGAGCAAGCAAAUAGUGGAAUAUUUUUAUAUUGGCAUGGACGUUUAAUUGAGGCUUAUAAGAGAGUUGGAAGCAUGAUUCACAAUGGAGAUUGUGGACGUGGCAUCAUUGGUGUGGCUGAUGUUACUAAAAUAAUGGAUGAUGAGAAUGGUUGUGUCUGGGUGCACAGCAACAAGCAAGGUUUCCAAGACUGUGAAGCCUAUGUUGAACUGGAGCAGUGGCUGGGUGAAAAAGCGAAUGAAUAUAUAGACAAAUAUGUUGAUAAGAUUCAAUUGAGAAAGGGUAAUGCAUCAGUCAAACCUGAUCAUGAGUGGGUGCAGUGUGACAAAUGCAGAAAAUGGAGGAUGCUAAGCGCUGAUUUUGAUAGCAAGACAUUACCUUCACAAUGGUUCUGUUACAUGAAGCCUUUUAAUGGUCUCUGUGAUACACCAGAAGAAUCAAUCACAAGUGGAACAAUUACUAUAUCAACCAAGCGUCACGGUUACAACACAAAAGAUCCAAGAAACGGCUUUCGUGAAAGAGAAGCCUUUAAAUCAGAAGGCAUUAGUAGUAACUAUGCUAGUGAUUCGGAAGAGGACGAUGAAAAGGUGUCUGUAAAGCGGCAGAUGCGAUCAUCUCUUCCAAGGUUAUGUAAGAAGAACUGAUGAUGUGAGGUUUAACACACCCUUUUUGCUUCCAUUCAUUGCCAUAUUGUAUCGUAGCUCCUAUCUAAUCUCACCAAAAUAUAAACCGGUGACUUGAUUUUAGUCCUUUUGGUAGCUAUUUCUGUCAAUGAUUUUGACAAAAUCUGAACUCGCAACCUGACUGGGUUAGAGUAGAUAUUCAUGAGUAUUUUAGUGUACAGAACUAAUAGAAGCUGUUCAUAGUAGAUACUUCAGUUGUAUUAUCUCUUUUUUAGUUGCCUCUUAUCUCCUCAUUUCUUGUUAAAA